UCACUCAAUUUGUGAUCCACCAGCAAAAUGUUCCUCUUCACUUUGGUGCUCGUGGUGCUGUUUCUACCGGAAGCUGACACCCUGAAAUGUAAAUGUGUACCUGGCCCCUACAUGAUAUGCUCUGCAGAAACAACUGAAUGUUCCUCACAGAACUAUAGUUGUUUAGUAGCAACAGAAGUCACACUUGUAGGUGGUGCAAAGUUUGAGCGCAACUACAAAGGUUGCAUUACGUCUGAACUGUGUAUUAACUUCUCUGUCAACUAUGGAGAUUACAGAGUUGUACAAAACAGCAAGUGCUGCAGUGAAGAUCUCUGCAACGCCCAGAUUAACUACACAAAACUUGUCUCCACUCCAAAUAGAAAAAAGUGCUACAGCUGUGAUGAAGAAAACUGCAUGAAAACCGUUAAAUGUGCAGGGGAUGAAAACUACUGUGUUAAUGUAACAGGACAUGCAGUAGGAGUAAGUUUCAUGAUGAAGGGAUGUGCCUCUAAGUCGGUGUGCUCAGAUCAUUUUUCUUCAGUGAUGAGUCAGUUAACUUCACAGCACCCUGGAGCAAAGGUUAGCUGCUGCCGGGGCAACUACUGCAACGGCGUCAGCAGCACCAUCAGCCCAGGAAGCAAAAGCAGCGCCAGCAGCACCAGUCCCACCCUGCUGCUCCUGUUGGUGCCUCUGUUGUUUUCUAUCUUUUUUUCUUAGCUCACAGAAGCUACUGAAUUGCUGCCAUGUUUUCUUUUUAAUCACAAUUCAUUUUCUAAACCUGUUCUUUUUAUUUGAUUCUAUAGCUUGGUUAGCUAAGCAACAUUUUAUAAUCAACAACAUCCUCUAUACUUUGUUGUUCUAUACUAAAAUAAUCUUCCUCAAUAAACACAAUUUUUUUU